CCGGCGGAGGAGGGGAACAGGAGGGUGGGGCUUGGCGAAGGGCAAUGGCAGGGCAAGACUUAAAAGGGGAUGACCCCAGCUAGUUGAUGCCACCGGUGACUUCCAACGCCCAGGGCAAGGGGACCCCACGAGGGAUCACGGCGGAGGCAGCCCGCGGGCUCGCGAGGGAGGCGCGCACACGCGAGAGGGAGCCCCGGGGAGCGCCCGGCAGCCGCGCCACCAUGUGCGAGCUGUACAGCAAGCAGGACACCCUGGCGCUGAGGAGGAAGCACAUCGGGCCCUCAUGCAAAGUUUUCUUUGCUGCGGAUCCCAUCAAAAUAGUGCGAGCCCAGCGGCAGUACAUGUUUGACGAGACAGGUGAACAGUACCUCGACUGCAUCAACAACGUUGCCCACGUGGGACACUGCCACCCAGAAGUGGUCAAGGCUGCCCUGAAACAGAUGGAACUGCUAAACACAAAUUCUCGAUUCCUCCACGAUAAUAUUGUGGAGUACGCCAGACGCCUUGCAGCAACUCUGCCGGAGAAACUCUCUGUUUGCUAUUUUACAAAUUCAGGAUCUGAAGCCAAUGACUUAGCCUUACGUUUGGCUCGGCAAUUCAGAGGCCACCAAGAUGUGAUUACCCUUGACCAUGCUUAUCAUGGUCACCUAUCAUCUUUAAUUGAAAUCAGUCCAUAUAAAUUCCGAAAGGGCAAAGAUGUCAAGAAAGCAUUUGUGCAUGUGGCACCAACUCCAGAUACUUACAGAGGCAAAUACAGAGAAGAUCAUGCAGACCCAGCCAGCGCUUAUGCAGAGGAAGUAAAGGAAAUUAUUGAAGAAGCUCAUAACAGUGGAAGGAAGAUUGCUGCCUUUAUUGCUGAAUCCAUGCAGAGUUGUGGCGGACAAAUAAUUCCUCCAGCAGGCUACUUCCAGAAAGUGGCAGAAUACGUACACAGAGCAGGAGGUGUGUUUAUAGCUGAUGAAGUUCAGGUGGGCUUUGGCCGAGUUGGGAAACAUUUCUGGAGCUUCCAAAUGCAUGGUGAAGACUUUGUUCCAGACAUCGUCACAAUGGGAAAACCAAUGGGCAAUGGCCACCCAAUGGCAUGCGUGGUAACAACCAAAGAAAUCGCAGAAGCCUUCAGCAGUUCUGGGAUGGAAUAUUUCAAUACGUAUGGAGGAAAUCCAGUAUCUUCUGCUGUUGGUUUGGCUGUCCUGAAUAUAAUUGAAAAUGAAGACCUUCAAGGAAAUGCCACUAGAGUAGGGGAUUAUCUUACUGAGUUACUCAAUAAACAGAAGGCUAAACAUACUUUGAUAGGAGACAUCAGAGGAAUUGGCCUGUUUAUUGGAAUUGACUUGGUGAAGGACCGUCAGAAGAGGACCCCCGCCACAGAUGAAGCUCAACAUGUCAUCUACGAGAUGAAAGAAAAGCGAGUCCUUCUCAGUGCCGACGGACCUCAUCGAAAUGUGCUUAAAAUAAAACCACCUAUGUGCUUCACGGAAGAAGAUGCGAAGUUUAUGGUGGACAAACUCGAUGAGAUUCUAACAGUUUUAGAAGAAGCCAUCGGAGUCCAAAGUGAGAGUAUGAUCUCUGAGAAUGCUCCAUGCAGAGCAAAGUUGCCGAACGAAGCACACUCAGAACUGCUCAGUGACGGCACCUCGGACCCCAGGGAAAAUCCCAGCCCAAAGAGGAACGGACUGUGCACAGAUAAACAUUCCCUGCUCAGUAAGAGGCUCAAGACAUGAGAGAUUAACACUGUAAAGCAGGACGAAUGUCCAGGGGUAUAGAGAAUCAUUGGAAGUGUUUCUUCUCUUAGCAGCUCUAUCGUACCUACUCUAACGGUAGAAUUUGCGUUCCGUUUCGGUGUGUUGAUAAAAAGGUAACGGAGUGAAAAGAAUAAGCCAAGUGAUAAUCAAACCAUGUCAAGAUGAUUAGUUCAGCCUCUAGCCUGUUAAUUCCUGACUUGAGAUUUCUGAAAGUGUUUUAUUUAUUCUACUAAAUUUAUGCUUCAAAUUGAAAAUGAAGUUGGCAGUUUUACUUCGUGUGUUUUAAUGUUUGAAAUGAGAGAGCAAAGCACAAUAGGUUCCUUAAUUUUGGAGACUUAGUGUCUUAAAAUACGAAGGAAUCAUUCUUUACUGUUUUAAUUUAUAUAUAUUUGGGGGGCUAUAAUAAAAGAUGAUGUACACCAAAACAUUUUUACUAGAAAAAUGUACCCUUCUUUCGCAGAGAAUAUUAGGGCUGGUAAAAUCAAAGCCAUUUGGAAAAAAUCACAUACAGCAAGUGUUAAGAAGUAAGUGGAUAAAUCAGACCUCUGGCUGAAGACCAGGUUAGUCAAGAUCCUGUGGAAUCAUGGGUGGGGGCCUGGCGGCAGCCAGGAACACAAAGAGUCAACUCAGAAGCACACAGACGUAGCUAGAACAGAGGCAGUAGCCAAAGCACCGUGUUCAGUCAGGAGACCUCAGCUCUGUCUACGUCAGAUUGUGUCACCUUGACAAAUCACCAAACUGUCAGGUAGGAACUUACCUUCCAACCAGCCAUCUUCCUUUCUCAUCAAGUUUAUCAGUAGCCAGCACACACACCACCCCCACCCCCCGCCGCGCACGUGCACACACACACACACACACAUUUGUAACCAGACAUUGGCCAAGGGAAGUGAGGAAAUCUGGAACCUCAAGGGUCUCUUUGUAACAUGCUGGUACCAUGAGAUGUUCACUUGGAGGCCAAUGUACUGAACUGGAAGAAAUUUGACUUUUAUUAUUCACUUCCCAUUCUGUCCCUGUGGCCUUCCUAAGACUUAUUAAACUUUGUAUUUUGGUUUUUGUUCCAUACAGGAGAGAGAAUAAUUUUGCUAUGGCUGUUUCAUGACAACUGAGAGGGAUGUUGAGAGGAAAAUUAAUUGUAAAAUCUUCCUUUCUGAGUUCAUCAUUAAUUAAAAUGCUAUUUAAAAAAGCA